AUGAAGCCUGCUACUUCCCUGCAUUCUUGCUCGUUAGCCUCCCUUCUCUUCUUCCUGGUCCUCAGCCUGGUUGUGCUGGUCUCAGCCCAGUUUACUGUCAUGGGGCCAGCUGAGCCCAUCCUGGCCAUGGUAGGAGACAAUACCACGCUGCACUGCCGUCUGUCACCAGAGAGAAGCGCUGAAGACAUGGAGGUGCGCUGGUUCCGGUGGCAAUUCUCCCCUGCGGUGCUGGUGUACAAGGGCCGUCGAGAGAGGACAGAAGAGCAGAUGGAGGCAUACCAGGGAAGAACCACCUUCGUGAGCACAGACAUCAGCAAGGGAAGGGUGGCGCUCAUCAUCCACAGUGUCACGGCCUACGACAAUGGCAUCUACUGCUGCUACUUCCAGGAAGGCAGGUCCUAUGAUCAGGCCAUCCUGAGGCUCAUGGUGGCAAGCCUGGGUUCUAAGCCCUUCAUUAACAUGGAGACCCUAGAGGAUGGGAGCAUCCUGCUAGAGUGCACAUCUAAAGGGUGGUACCCAGAGCCCCGAGCCGUGUGGAGAGGCCCCUAUGAUGAAGUUGUGCCUGCCCGGGAGGAAGAGUAUGCAGCCGACAGAGAAGGCCUCUUCGCAGUCGCCAUGACUGUGGCCAUCAGGGACCGCUCUGUGAGGAACAUGACCUGCUCUGUCAACAACACCCUGCUCAGCCAGCGGAUGGAAAGCAUGAUUUUCAUUCCAGAACCCGUCGUCGAGCCCGGCCUUCCUCUCUGGAUGGUGGCCAUGGCCGUCACUCUGCCUAUGGUAAUGCUGAUCCUCCUCACAUCUGCAAGCCUCUGCCUUGUCAAGAAACACCAGAGGAAGAAAUCGAUUCUGUCAGCUGAAAAACAAGUUGAAUACGAAGAAAAAGAAACUGCACGGCAACUUCAAGAAGAAUUGAGAUGGAGAAGAACCCUCUUGCAUGCCGCUGAUGUGGUCCUGGACCCAGAUACUGCUCAUCCUGAGCUCUUCCUGUCAGAUGGCCAGAGAAGUGUAAGACGAGGCCCUUCGAGGCAGAGCGUGCCUGACAACCCUGAGAGAUUUGAUUGCCGGCCAUGUGUCCUAGGCCGGGAGAGCUUCUCCUCGGGGAAGCAUUACUGGGAGGUGGAGGUGGAAAAUGUAAUGGUGUGGGCCAUUGGCGUUUGUAGGGACAGUGUUGAAAGGAAAGGGGAGGCCCCGUUGGUUCCUCAGAAUGGCUUCUGGACCCUGGAGAUGUUUGGAAACCAGUACCGAGCCCUGUCCUCCCCAGAAAAGAUCAUACCCCUGAAAGAGCGACUUCACCGUGUGGCCAUCUUCCUGGACUGCGAAGGUGGCGAUGUUUCCUUCUACAACAUGCGAGACAGAUCUCAUAUCUACACAUGUCCUCCUGUGGCCUUCGCUGGGCCCCUGAGACCCUUCUUUAGGCUCGGUUCCGAUGACAGUCCCCUCUUCAUCUGUCCAGCAUUCACAGGGGCACAGGGAGUUACAAUACCUGAGGGCGGCCUGGUCCUAUAUAGGACAAGACCAGUUUCUCAGAGCCACGGAAGGAAGACAUAUCCUCGCUGGAGCGGUUAUAAAUGGGUAGCAGGAGAAUGGAGAUCGGCACAGUCAUAUAGAGUUGACGUGACUCUGGAUCCAAACACAGCCUACCCCCACCUUGUCCUGAGAAAGGAUUUAAAAUCAGUUCACCUGGAAGAUUCACGUCAACAGUUACCUGAUAGACCAGAGAGAUUUGACACCUGGCCCUGUGUGUUAGGCCGUGAGACCUUCACUUCAGGGAGACAUUACUGGGAGGUGGAGGUGGGAGGUAGGACUGACUGGCUGGUAGGGGUAUGUAGGGAGAACGUCUUGAAAAAAGAGUUUAUCCUCAUGUCUCCCAAGAGUGGCUUCUGGGUCAUGGAGUUGUCUCAAGAGGAGUACUGGGCCCUCAAUCCAUCUCGGGUCCUUCUUUCCCUGCCGAAAGCCCCUCGCCGUAUAGGUAUUUUCUUAGACUAUGAGUCAGGAAUUGUCUCCUUCUAUAAUGUGAGUGCUGGAAUCCAUAUCUAUACUUUCCCCAAAGCUUCUUUCUCUGACCCUAUUCGUCCUUUAUUUUGCUUAUGGUCUUGUGGUAAGUCUCCUAUGACCAUCUGUUAAACGGUAAUGAACACUGAUCCCCAAGGCCUUUAGGGAGUCUGUUGUCAUAGAAUAAGAGUCAUUCUGCCAAGAUAGAGGACAUACCCUUUCCGAACAGAUGAUAGCAUGGUCCAUCCACAGAACCUCUUAGGCACCCAUCUUCCUUCAUCCCAUUGUGUUUUGCUAUUCAUCCUUUCCUGUUCCCUUUUUCUGCAGCUGGAGCUGUCACUUGUCCUCUGAAACCUCCGUGACUUUGGACAGGGUCAGGCUUAAGAAAAUUGGGGAGGGGGGAGUGGAUUGGCAGAUUGUGUGGGAGAUUUUGUAAUGAUCUUUACACCAACUGCAUUUCAGGAGGUUGGGAAUACAGUCUGAGGACACACAAUGAAAGAUGAGUUAGGGAAGAGUGUGGCAAAAAGCAGCUUGGUGUCCAGACAAAAAGAGAAAGGGCAGAACGAUUGCAGGGAAGGCUAAGGGGCAGGAAUACAAAACGUGAAGUGAAAACAGACCAGGAGUGAAUCAGAAAGCACCUGGGAAUUCUGCAGAUGAAACUGCUUGUCUCUAGCAGGGUAACCAAAUUCAAUUCUCCUUUAGUUUCUGUUGGACAGGCUAAAGGGAUAUUGAGAAAUGCUGGAAAAGGAAGGGUCUCCAGCAUAGGAGCGACAGAAAGAUUCCAGAUAGCACUCCAGCUGUCUGCAUCUUCCAUCUGUCCCUGACCAGCCCCUGUGUGGUCAGCAUCACAUCAGCAGCUCCAAAAAGUGUCCCUGUCUUGUCUUCCCAACUUUGGAGACAUUAUUUGAUGAUCCUCAGCUUCUUGUUUCUCAGGCACCAUGAGCUGCCCCCCCCCCCAUUAUCUACAGACACCUCCACACUAACUGGUGUCCUCCAUGCCCCACGCCCAGCCACUCUGCUACAGCAGCAUCUCUUCUGCUUACUGGUGUCUGUAUCAUGAAAACACACUCUUGCUUUUGGCUCACCCUGGGAGGGAUGUCAGUUUCCCUUACUCUGUUUCUCCCUAUGUCCCUGUUCAUGCCAUGAAGGGAGAGAGCUAAGUGUGUAAUACACCCAAAGCUGAGCCCAGCCUCAGAGAAAGACAGUGGUGUACCUGAUGUCUUUUCCCUCCAUCGACACACUCUCAUGAUCAAAAGGCGUCUAGGAUGGUGACUCACAGCUAUAGCUUGGCACAUCACAUUUGUACAAGGAUUGCAAAGGUUUUAUUGCUGUUGUUUGGUUGGUUUGGGUUUUUGUUUUUUGUUUUGUUUUUUUCAAGAGAGGGUUUCUCUGUGUCACCAUGGCUGUCCUAAAUCUCAAGUUGUAGACCAGGUUGGCCUCAAACUCACAGAGAUCCACCUGCUCUGCCUCCCUAGAGCUGGGAUUAAAAGAGCCUGCGAACUGGCCUGGCUGGAUUGCAAGUUCCUACCUUCCUGUUGCAGUGCUGUCAUUCAGCCCUUAUCCUGUUGGUGUGCAACAGCUAGUUUGCACUGACAGGGGCGUUACUCCAGUGUCUCAGAUAUGUAAUGUCCCCCAAGGCUCCUGAGCUGAAGGCUGUGUCUCCAGGCUCUGGGAUACUGGGACCUGGAAGUGUAAGAUCCAGUUGCAGUGAGUAGGUCAUACGCAACACUGAAGGAAUUCAAAGCCCCUAACUUCUCACAGCUUCCUGGCAUCCUGAGCAAACAGUGUAGUCUGCUGUGGAGGAGUUUGAUGUGAUUAAGGUAAUUUAAUCUUGUCCUGACUCAAUUUUAUGUCUCCCUAGACAAUGUUUAGCUGUCAACACCCCCAACAUUGUUUGCUCAUUUGGGAUUUCCAUGCCCCUGGCCAUGGUUGAGAUGUAUUAACCAAGGUAAUCAUGUUAUACAAAUUAAACAUUGGACUUAAAAAACUGAAUAUUGUAUAAAUCAAACCAUCAUGUUGUAUUUGAAAUAACCAAUGUGUGGAACCAAAACAAAUGUUGCCCUCAGCUAACAUUGAUGUGACUGUGUUUUUGGUUUUCGUAACACUACAUGUGAGCUUCAGCACCAAGAGUGUUUCUGCGGUGUUAGCCUUACACAAAUAAAGAAUUCAAUUUGGCCUUAUA